AUGUGGACAAAGGAGGAAGAACGGUGCGAGGAAAUAUAUCAACAAACAACAAGGAGAGACGACACAGGGAGGUACGUAGUACAACUUCCUUUAAAGACAAACUUUGAAGACACUGUAAAAUCGUGUGGAGAUACAAAGCAUCAGGCAGUAGUGAGGCUACAUCAGCUGGAAAGAAAGUUCGCAAGGAACGAGAAUCUGAAAGCUGAAUACACUAAGGUAAUACACGAAUACUUACAGCUGGGCCACAUGAAGAAGGUAGACCCAGAAGAUGAAGAUAAUGCAGUAUAUCUAGCUCAUUGUGCUGUAAUAAGAGAAGAUAAAGAGACAUCGAAGCUGUGCAUAGUUUUUGACGCGUCAGCGAAGGCCCCAAACGGAUGUUCUUUAAACAGCAGCAUGAUGGUAGGACCUACAAUACAGCCAGACUUACGUAGUCUGGUAUUUAGAUGGAGAACUCACAAAAUCUGUGUUGUUGGCGAUAUUAUAAAGAUGUAUCGUCAGGUAAGAAUGGAUGACAAACACACAGACUUACAACGCAUUGUAUGGCGGGAUAACACAUCUGAAAGAAUAGAUAGUUAUAAGCUACUUACAGUUACAUUCGGUACAGCAGCGGCACCUCAUCCGGCUGUACGUACUCUUCAACGUUUGGCUGAUGAUGAACAAGACAACUACCCUCGAGGAGCGGCGGUAGUAAGAAACUCAUUCUACAUGGAUGACCUUAUGACAGGACACGAAGAUCUCGACGAAAUGAAAGAAACCUGUAAAGAAAUUAAGGCAUUACUAAAGGCAGGUGGUUUCGAGAUGCAGAAGUGGUCUAGCAACUCUGAAGAACUCCUGAAGGACUUGACUGAUGACUCGAAGACUCCGGAACCUGUAAAAGACAAGAAAGAAAUUAAAUUAGAUAAAAUAAUAAAGAUACUGGGACUUACCUGGGAUAGAAAGGAUGACAUUUUUCACGUUUCAGUAAACUUACCAGCGAUCAGGACACCUGUAACAAAAAGAGUAAUUUUAUCUGAUGUCGCUAGCUUAUUUGAUCCUUUUGGCUGGCUCUCACCUGUUGUAAUUACAGCGAAGAUCAUGAUCCAAAAAUUAUGGCUUUGUCAUUGUGGUUGGGAUGAUGAGCUAUCUUCACAGUUAGUUGACGAAUGGACGAGCUUCAGAGACGAACUACAAGAGCUGGAAACGAUUGAGAUUCCAAGAUGGAUCAAGAUGUCGUCUCGCUGCAAAGAAGUUGAUCUUCACGGGUUCUCUGAUGCCUCGACAUUUGCACUUGCAGCCGUUGUGUAUGCAAGAGUGGUAGACGAGCAUGAUGUUGUUCAUGUCACGAUGGUAGCUUCAAAGACAAAGGUAGCUCCCUGA